AUGCUUUCUCGUCGUGUCUUUAUGAAUUCUAUGAUUCAAAGAAGAUGGUACACCCCAUUUGGAAGCCAUGUUUCAGAUAAUGAUCCUGUGAUACUUGAUCGUGAAAAAAAGAGAGUUCUCAAUGGAAAUGUCAAAUCUCUAUUGAAAUCUGCACCAGGUUGGAAUGAAAUGUUGGCUUCAGAUAGUGAAGCCAUGGUUCAAAAUAUCAAAGAAGUUAUUGUUAAAAAUACUACGGCAUGA